AUGGCGAAAGUCGCUCCAUCAGCCCCGCCCACCUCCAGGUUAACUACGCCCACCAUCGUUUUCCAAGACGUGGAGGAGGAGCCAGGCGGCCUCAGGGAGGGGGGCAGAGCUUCUCAAAGAACCGGAGCAGGAGGUUUGUUCAACGUCAACAACAGCAACAACAACGAGGAGGAGGAGGAGAAGAAGAAAAAGAAGAAAGAAAAGAAAGAGAGAAAAGAGAAGAAGUUGAAAGAGAGGCAGGAGAAGAAGGAGAGGAAAGAGAAGAAGAAGAAGGAGAAGGAGGAGGAGAAGGAAAAAGAGAAGGAAAAAGAAAGAGAGAAGGAAAAGGAGAAGAAGGCCAAAGAGGAGGCUCCCAAAGAGAUCACAGUGAUCGAUCCAGCGUCCAACACCUACUACUACUGGCUGUUAGUCAUCACCAUCCCCGUCAUGUACAACUGGACCUUGACCAUCGCCAGGGCGUGUUUCGAGGAGCUGCAGACGGACUAUGUGGUCUACUGGUUCAUCAUUGACUUCCUCGCUGACCUCACAUAUUUCGCCGAUAUGGUCUUCAGAACCAGGACUGGUUACCUGGAGCAGGGUCUUCUGGUGAAGGACGAGAAAAAGCUGCGCGAGCGCUACCUGAACAGCUUCCAGUUCAAACUUGACCUGGUGUCCAUGAUUCCCACGGACGUGUUGUACGUCGUCUUCGGCCUCACGUUCCCUGAGAUCCGCCUCAAUAAACUCUUCAGGUUCAACAGGAUGUUGGAGUUCUUCCAGAGGACGGAGACCAGGACUAACUACCCCAACGCUCUCCGUAUCUCCAACCUCGUCAUGUAUAUCGUCAUCAUCAUCCACUGGAACGCCUGCCUGUACUACUCCUUCUCCAAGGCCAUCGGUUUCGGGUCCGACAGGUUCGUGUAUCCCAACCCGGCCGAUCCAGAGUUCGGUCGCCUGGUGAGGAAGUACGCCUACAGCAUGUACUGGUCCACGCUGACGCUCACCACCAUCGGAGAAACGCCGCCCCCGGUGGAGAACUCUGAGUACUUCUUCGUUGUCACCGACUUCCUGGUGGGUGUGCUGAUUUUUGCCACCAUCGUCGGUAACGUCGGUUCAAUGAUCACCAACAUGAACGCUGCCAGAGCCAAUUUCCAGGCUCGUAUUGACGCAAUAAAACAGUACAUGAGCUUCCGAAAGGUAACGAAGGACCUGGAGAAGCGAGUGAUCAAGUGGUUCGACUUCCUGUGGACCAAUAAGAAGGCGGUGGAUGAAAGGGAGGUGCUGAAGUUCCUGCCCGACAAACUGAGAGCCGAGAUUGCCAUCAACGUCCACCUGGACACCUUGAAGAAGGUUCGCAUCUUUGCGGACUGCGAGGCCGGUCUGUUGGUGGAGCUGGUGCUGAAGCUGCAGCCUCAGGUCUACAGUCCCGGGGAUUACAUCUGUAAGAAGGGCGACAUCGGCAGGGAGAUGUACAUCAUCAAGGAGGGGAAACUGGCCGUUGUCGCCGACGACGGUGUCACGCAGUUUGUCGUUCUCAGUGACGGAAGCUACUUUGGCGAAAUCAGCAUCCUGGCUAUUAAAGGCAGUAAGGCAGGAAACAGGAGGACAGCAAACAUCCGGAGCAUCGGCUACUCCGACCUCUUCUGUCUUUCCAAAGACGACCUGAUGGAGGCGCUGAAGGAGUAUCCCGAUGCCAAGGCCCUGUUGGAGGAGAAGGGAAAGCAGAUUCUGAUGAAGGACGGACUAUUGGACCUGGAGUUGGCAGCGCAGGGCCCCGACCCCAAGGAGAUGGAGGAGAAGGUGGAGAGGAUGACGAGCACGCUGGACGUGAUGCAGACGCGUUACGCCCGACUCUUGGCCGAGCACGAAGCCACUCACAGCAAACUCAAAUACAGAGUCACACGGCUGGAGAGGAAGCUGCCGCCGCCGCGGGCCGACCAGCCAGGUGACGCCCCGCCCCCUCCGACACCUGAGGCUCAGACAGCUGCAGGAGAAGAGAAGUAGAGCGGUGGAGAAGAAGAGGGAGGAGCCUUGGUCAGGCAGGUGGGUGGAGAGGAGGAGGAGACUUAGAUUCAUCUUAAAUUCUGUUCCUCAGGUGUAGAUUUUAUGUUUCCUGCAGCAAAAGAAAAGUGUCCCUGUCCAUUUCGAUGUAUUUCUUCAUGAGCCAAUCAUGUGACAAAUUUCAGACGACGCUAACACUUCCUGUCAGGAACACUUCCACAUCCAUGUCGCUCCAAGAAAAGAAAUCCCUGCUCCCAGUUUCUGUUCCCCGUUUGUAAUAUUUUCUGUAUCUAAGCAACCAACCGCAGAGCAGACAAUCUACUUCCUGUUCACACCUGAAUGGUCACGUGACGGGUGUUUUCUGGUGGAUUAGUGUGAACGGAGAUUAUUUCAAUUUGGUUUUAAAAUGAAAACGUGUCAGUUUGGAUGUCGCCAUCAUAAAGUUCAACUGUUCAACAUCGUUAAUGUCAUGUUUUAUGUAUCCAAAGAGGAGAUGGACAUAUUUUCUGUAUCAAGCUGAGCUCAUUCGUAGUUUUUAGUUGGUAGUUUGAAGUUUGAAAUAUAAACAUUUCUGAAACAUAGUUGUUGUAGUUGUUUUUUUAGAAAGUCUCAACGCGUUAAUGUGUAGAUCAGCUGCUUUCAAACCAGUAGAGGUCGAACGUCA